GAUUACUAUCCGGAAAAAGAAAUUAGGCUAUGGCGUAUAUGGAGCAAUUAUUGGAUGUGAAAUUCAAUCUGGACAAUACUCCGUACAAAUCAAUUGAAAAUAUUGGUACUGGGGCAUAUGGAGUGGUAUGCAAAGCAUAUGAUCAGCAAAAUGGUAAAAAAGUAGCAAUAAAGAAGAUAAUGAAAGCAUUCUCAGUAGCUGUCCUUCUGAAAAGAUCACUACGUGAAAUACGUAUACUACGAUGCUUAAAUCAUGAAAAUAUUGUAUCGGUACAUGAUGUAUUCAUUGCUCCAGGAUUACACGGUCUGGAUGUUUACAUGGUACUUGAUUUGAUGGAAACUGACCUGCAUCAAAUAAUACACAGUCGACAGGAUCUUACUAAUCAACAUUAUCAGUAUUUUUUGUACCAGAUAUUACGCGGUCUAAAGUAUUUGCAUUCGGUGGGUAUAAUGCAUCGUGAUUUAAAACCAUCAAAUUUGCUGGUCAACAGUGAUUGCUUGCUGAAAAUAGGCGAUUUCGGGAUGGCUCGAUUAGCUGAACAGCAAUUGGAUGAUCAAAACGUUUUAUUAAAUCCCAAUUUUAUGACCCAAUACGUCUCAACAAGAUGGUAUAGAGCUCCUGAGUUGCUUUUCUCACUUAUUGAUUAUGAUACCCAGGUGGAUAUUUGGUCAGCGGGUUGCAUAUUCGCUGAAAUGCUUCUUCGUCGGCAAUUAUUUCCAGGGAAAGAUGCUGGAAGCCAAGUCAAAAUUAUCAUUUACUAUUUGGGCACACCGGAAAAAGAUGUAAUGGAACGCAUUAGCUCGAAUAUCAUCAUUCGUUGGAUUGAAAGUUGUGGACCAAAAGAUCCGCUUCCAUGGACUACAAUUAUACCGAAGGCAAAUCCUCAAGCAGUGGAUCUGCUGAAGAAGCUACUGAUAAUAGCACCUUGGAAAAGAAUAACAGCAGAACAAGCCUUGUGCCACCAAUAUUUGGAGACUUAUCACGAUACAGGAAGUGAACCAAAUUGUCCAAAGAAACAGUACUAUGUGAGACAAAUGAUAUUUCUAUCACGAUUAAUGCUUUCGGAAAUUAUAAAAAGGAAAAUUGAGGUGUAUUUCGACGCAGGAGAAAUCGAAAGACUAAGUAUCGAUCAGCUGGAAUGUGCACUUCUCGCAGAAGCUUCAGGACCUUAUACUCAGCAGUCCAGCAUUAGGUAGAAACCGCAGUGACAGAUGUGUCGAAAAUGAAAGCAUCCAUGGACUGGUGGCAUCGGAUAUAUAUGAAACAUGGC